AAACCCAACAUUCCCUCGUUUUCUUUCUUGCAGGAGACAACCGUUUCCGGAUGUUCUUUGAUGUGGUGGUGAUCCUUAUCUGUGUUCUAUCCUUCAUCUUGUGUUCCCGCUCAAUUAUCAGGGGGCUUCGACUGCAGCACGAGUUCAGCCAGUUCUUUCAGUGCCACUACAAUCAAAAUAUCUGUCUCUCUGACCGUAUGGAAUUUGUGAAUGGAUGGUACAUUUUGCUAGUGGUGAGCGACAUCCUUACGGUGUCUGGAACCAUAAUGAAAAUUGGGAUAGAGUCCAAGAACUUUGCCAACUAUGAUGUCUGCGGCAUCCUUCUGGGCACUUCCACACUCUUGGUCUGGGUCGGGGUCAUGUGCUACCUGAGUUUCUUUCAAAAAUACAAUAUUCUCAUUGUUACCAUGAGGGUUGCCUUUCCCAAUGUCAUCCGCUUCUGCUGCUGUGUGGUGGUGAUCUACCUGGGCUACUGCUUCUGUGGAUGGAUAGUCCUGGGACCCUAUCACGUCAAGUUCCGCACCCUCUCAAUGGUGUCCGAGUGCCUUUUCUCCCUCAUCAAUGGGGACGACAUGUUUGUGACGUUUGCCAGCAUGCAGCAGAGCAGCUACUUGGUGUGACUUUUCAGCCAACUGUACCUGUACACCUUCAUCAGCCUUUUCAUCUACAUGGUGCUCAGCCUCUUCAUUGCUCUCAUCACUGGGUCCUAUGAGACCAUCAAGCAUCAGUGUGAGGGGGACGCAUCUGUCACUCAGCUCCACGCCUACAUAGCCGAAUGCCAAGAUAGCCCCAAAUCUGGCAUGUUCCGCAAGGAAAACACCUCCUCGUGUUCUAUCUUCUGCUGCUGUGAACGAAGCCCCCUGCAGGAGAAUGUGCUGGUGGUGAACUGAGAACCUCAUGGGAACGAAAGGGGCUGCUCUGCUGCUUCCUGCUGGGCCGCCUGGAAGACAAAGUGGCCUGGAGGUGGACUACAGAAGGCGAACAGUGGUCUUUCUGUGGCAGAGGUUGGGAUCCGAGAGGUAGCAGCUCGUAGUGUGAGCUCUUUGUCUGUUCCCCAGAGAGCUGCAUAACGAGGUUUCUGGGGGAGAGGGAGGGAGAAUGGCUUUUUAAAUAACUCCGACUUUGUUGAAAUCACUAUUGUGGGUCCUACCUUUCUUCAGUUGGAUGAAACAUGGUUUGCAAAGCAAUCACCAUGAGGAACGCACAUCUUUUAAAAAAUAACUUUGUUUUAGAAGGAGAAAAAAGACUGGUAAAAAGGACAUGGCAGGAAUAAUCAAGGCAAAACUGUUGUGUUACUUCUGAAAUCCUCAAGGCACCCACACUUCCAGCAGGUGGGUGUUUCAGUGGAUCCAUUUGCCUCGGAAGGGACUGACCCAGGAGCAUUAUUCACUUCCUUUAAGCAAGAUCCAAAGGGCUAAACUCCUCCCUAGCGUAAAAGCUUCUCAUCUGAUUGGUAAUGAAGAGGGAAACAUCCAUGUCAAUAUCUGAAUGAGAGGCUGGCCCUGCUCCUUAUGGGUACCAGAAUUUGAACUGGAAACACUGCUCACUGUGGUGCUGAGGUGCCCCAAUGCCCAUCAUCCCCUGGAGUGCUCCCCGGUCUGGUUCUGACUCCCCCCCCCCUCCACAGGUGACUCUCAAAGCUUGUCUCGCCCUGAUGAAGUUGCUUUGAGCAGAUAAUCUCUCAGACGUACCAUUUCAUCCUUUUUUUCUUCUGUAUGAACUUUACAAAGUAACUCAUGAUCCAAAAGAGGAAAAGCAUUGGGGGAUUUUUCACUUCAGAAGCAGAAAUGUUUAGGAUUUGCCCUGUUGGACUUUUAUUGCAGGGAGGGAUUACUUGCAUCCUCCCACCACUGUAUGUUCCUGUCUAUUAAAUACACAAGUUGGUUUUAAAAGUCAGUCAAGUGACCCAAAUGAUGUUAAAUAAGGGCCGGUUGUUUUAAAACAGUAAUUUAAUAGAAUUAUAACAAAGAAUACAGCAUUAAUUUGAUUUUUUUUCCUGCUAGUAUAAUUUAUGAAGUACAGUUCUGGACUAUAGAAAUCAAUUAUUUAUAGCUAACAGUACUAUUCAAAUAAAUAACCAUGAGAAAACACAAAGAGGGAAAGCAGUUUAUUUUGGUUUUUAACCUUGAAUCCUAUGGCUGUUGUUAGUAGUUACAAAUAUAAUAUGUUUAGUAUCAAAAACUUAGCAACUGCAAAAUACCAGUUGGUUUUACAAUGUGGUCGAGUCUAUUCUAAAAAUGGUAUAUGGAUGUAUCUGUAUGGCUUCUGUACAAUUCAGUCCUUACUCCUGCCUUUGUUAUCUGGUAACUCCAUCCUUUGUGGUUGAAAGUACAAGCAGUUAAAGAUA